AUGUAUCCUAGAAAAUCUUAUUGGUCCUACUUUCGAUAUCCAUGGAUUUUACUUCACUAUUUCGUUAUUUUAGUAGGUCUAGUCUUAUUUGGGCUUAUGACCCCAGACCAAAGUUCUGCAGUGCAGAAAGUUCUGCAAUCGCUUCCCUGUUUGCCGCAAGAUUCCUACAAACUACAUAUUUUCGUCCUUGCCGACGAUCACACUUACCACCUAGUACUUAUCGUAAUCUAUAUCGUUGCAACAAGUACCGAAGCCAGCUUCUUUGUCACAUUUACAAUUUGGCAUACCGCUACUCAGUUUCGAACAAAGAUAAUGUCACAAAAAACCUAUCAAAUGCAAAAAACGUUUUUCAAGACUCUAUUAGUUCAAAUGACAGUGCCAGCGGUUAUGCUUAUCAUUCCAAUGAUUUAUGCCUUGAUUGUAGUUGUGCGAGAUAUUCACAAUCAAUCGCUCACCAAUAUUUGUAUCAUAAUUGCAUCACUGCAUGGAUUCGUGUCAACAAUUGUCAUGUUAUUUGUACACCGACCUUAUCGCAAGGAGUUGUUUCAUUUUUUCACAAGAUCCUCACACGAUUCUGUGGCUCCGUGUAGAAACCCAGUAUUUGUGUUAAAUUGA